GGUCGACGCUAGUGUGCGUACCAUCGGAGGUACAAUUUUCUGCUCUCUGUCCAUUUCACUCCAUUCUGUUCCUACGUGUUCAAUUUACAGAGAAAUUUGUCACUCGCGCGAUUCACAUUCACGUCUCACGCCUGCCCGACUCGUACCCGUGUGGUGUCGUCGUCAUCGUCGUGGAAUAGUCCUGUGCGUGUUUCGGAAAAUCGGUAUCCCGUUUUUCUCCAUCCGGUCUCGUUCCCUGGGGGCGGUCACGGUUAUAUCCAGCGUUUUUAGUUUCCGUUUUCCGUUUGUUCCGUUCCGUUUUGUGUCACACACGGAGUGCGUGCCCGCGGGUCCGGUUCGUGCGUGAGUGUGUGUGCGUGCGUGUGUGUGUUCUCCUCGCAUCCGUUCUUCUUGUACUGUGUGUGACGUUGGCGUUGGGUUCGUGUCCCAUCCUACCUUUUUUGGGCCAGGCAGGCAGGCAGGAAGUCAGCCAGGCGUUUCUGGAUACCGGGGCGGCGAGCAUACGUGGUGGACAAACGCCAAAGGAUCAUCAUCCGCAGCAGUAGCAGCAGCAGAAGCAGUCACCCUGCCGGUUGUAACGCAUCAAAGCUGUUUUCCACUGGUGGCCACCAGAUACAGCAGCUUGAUUGGGCGCUGCUGGUGCUAGAAAAGGUAGCUAGAAAGAGCUUCACUUGGCUGACUACGUUUGGGAGAGGACACACUCACGCUGAGAUCGAGCUCAGUUGCACACGUCGUCGGUUAACGCAGGAUACGACGGCAUCGUCCAAAGGCACACCAGAGCUUUUACCAUCACCAUCUGCGUCCGGCAGCAAAUCAUGCAAAAAUGGAUCUGACUACAUUGUCGUUCAUCGUAAUUGUGCUAUUCUUUUCCCUGCUGUCGAUGCUGUUUAUCAGCCGCUUCCUUCCCAAGGGCAAAUCCUUCGAAGAGAUGCUGAAGGAGAAGCGUGAAAUGCGCGAAAAGAUCCUUGGUCUAACGUCCCCGACACCGCCGACCAAGUCCAGCAAAGAGUCGGCAAACAAGCGGACGAAGAAGUCGCAUUCCGGUGGCAACGCGAACCAGAACCAGAAGAAUCGCGGUGCAAAGCAGCAGCAGCAGCAGCACCAGCGAGUCGAGGUGGUGGAACCGGAAAGUGAUGGCCAUUCGUCCGAGAGUCCGCUCGAAGAGGAAAUCAAUCCGCUGACGUACGGUUCGAAAAAGCGUACCGGACAGGCCACCAAUCUGACCGUGGAGUACGCCGAAACUGAAGCAUUUCCGUUGAGCGAUAACGCUGGGGGAAAUAAGAAAAAGGAUAACAAGCAGCAGCAGGGUGGUAAGAAAAACAAGCAGAAAGCAGCUGGAGGCAUUCUGGUGAACAAAUCAGAACCAGUUCUCGUGAAGCCAGUAGAAACCGUACCGGAGAUGAACCAUUUCGCCGAAAUUCACCCGAAAGACGCACUGGAAAUCGCACGCCAACAGAAACACGAGGACGAUACGAAGGCUGGCAAGAAUCAGACACCGAAAGAGCAACGUCAGCAAAAUAAAGGCAAAAAGGAUCAUCAGUCCAAGCAGUCUCCCAAGACUAAUGCUCCCGCUCACGUGGCUGAGCAGCAACAUAACCAGCAUCAUCAGCAACAACACCAUGCCGCUCCACAAGUUGCUGCGGAACCGAAGAAGCAGCCACACGCUGAUAACAAACCGAACGCUGCCGUUUCGGCCCAGAAGGACAAAUCGAGCAAGAGGAAGAAAAACGAACUAAUCACACAGGAGCUGGCGGUCGAAAUGGCGGAUGCGGCCAACGUCCACUCGCUGGUCAACAUCCUGAACAAGGCGGACCUGCCGCGCAACGAUAUCCAAAUUCUGAUCGACUUUCUGCUGAACAAACAGCAGGACACGCUGGCCAAGGAUCCGUCCGAGUGGAACGAUCCGUCCGAUCCGCUGCAGAAGCUGAAGAAGCAGCUGCAGGAAAAGGAAGCGGCACUGCUCGAGGAGCAGAAGGCGGCCGCCGGACUGCACGCCAAGCUGAAGGAACUGCGCCAGGAGCUGAACGGGGAGAAGGUGCAGGCUGGCGCUGUGCUGAAGGGCUACGUCGAGGAGCUAAACAACAAGAAGCAGGAGAUCCACCAUCUGACGCAGGAGCUGGGCUCGGUCAAGGACAAGCUGGCAAACGACAAGCAGGCAAUGUCCAUACAGUUCCAGCAGCUGCAGGCAAAGUACAUCCAGCUGUCCAAAGAGCACGCCUCGAUGCAGGAUCAUGGCGCAACGAUUGCGCAGCUGAACAAUGACCUGCAGCUGCUGCAGCAGGAGCUGAUGGCCAAGAGCCAGCUGUUGAACGAAAAGCUACAGUCCGAGGAGGAAAUGAUGAAGAAAAAGACUGAGUACGAAAUUUUGUUACACAACAAUGAUGAGCUCAUGAGACAGCGUGUACAGGAACUAACUGCCUACGAGAACGAUCUGCGUCAGCUGCGGCUGGAGCUGAGCCAGAAGGAUGAGCUGAGCCAGACCUGCCAACAGCAGAGCUACGAAAUCGAGCAGCUAAAGGCGGAACUGCAGGCGAAACAGAAGCAGGCAGUGGCGGCAGCUUCGGCUGCGGCCGCCGCCGCCCACGCCACCAGCCAGGCGGACGAAAGUAAUCGCGUGGAAAUGCGCAACCUCCAGAAUGCCUUAGACUCUACGAAAUCGAAGCUCGAGGUGUACCGGAACGAGCUGGUCGAGUGCAAGAGCCUGAUGACCGACUACAAACAGCAGACGAACGAGCUGAAGGCGAAGGAGGAACAGUUGCAGAAGCAGCUCGAGGAGCAACGGCAAAAGAAUGAUAAUUUGCGAACGAAAAACUGGAAGUUGGUGGAGGCACUGCAAGAUGCCGAACGCCGACGAGGAACACAGACGACACCGGCCGGCGGAGCGGUGGGGACAACGAAUCCCGAGAAAGUUGAGCAGCAGCAAAAGCUGAUCAACAGCAGCGCAGAGAAGGUGGACAUCGGCAAGGUGGUGCUGGAGGAGCAGAACCGUACGAAGGACCUGCUCGUGCAGCUGCUGCAGCCGAUCGGUGUGGUGUCGGCGCUGCCCGUCGAUGCCACCGACUUCCAGAGCUGGCUCGAGGCGACGGUCGGUUGCAUCAAGGAGCAGUACGAGAAGCGAACGGCGCACCCCACCACUAAUAGCACCGCAAACAGCAGCAGUAGUACGAACAGCAGCCACCCGGAGCAAAGCUCGGGCACUGCCAACAGCAGCAGCAGCAGCAGCAGCAACAGUGACAGCAGUAGGCUUAACAGUAGCAGCAAUAUAAUCGCUAAUAAUAAUCUUAAUACCAGUAACAGCGUGAACAGUAGUUUACACGCAAAUAGCAACGACGGUGGUGCGGUCGUGAUUACGAACAAGAACGGUGCGAGCGGCGGCGACAGCGGAUCCGACGACGAUCAGCAGUCGAUCGCACUGCGGUACGAGCAGCUGCAGCAAACCGUAGAUCAGUAUAAGUCUAUCAUAGCCGAUACGGAAAACAUGCUGAAAAACCUCGAAGCGAAGGUAACCGAGCAGGACAACCACUGGCGUACGGUGGUGCAAGCGAAGGAUAAGGAGCUCAACCUGCUCAAGUCUGCCGGUGCUGUUGGACAGUAAAACCACCCCCCCCCCCCCUCCCCAGCGCCGCGAACAUUUCGCGAUUUCUUUUGAGCAGUGUCGUGCAGGAACAAAGACACACACCCACACACACACACACGGGAUGGAAGAAGAGAAGCGAAGGAAUGUAAGAGAAGGAACGGAGGUCCGUCGUCAGUCAGCAAAACGUGAGAAGCCACGAGAAAACGUGCGGGAACUGAUGCGGCUUGGGAAAACCGAAACCCAGAAAGAAGAAGAAGAAGAAGAAGUGGAAACCAUGAGGGAGAAACCAAAUUCAAUCAUUAGACAAAAAUCAGUUAGAAAGUGCACUACACCGACGCCAGGUUCUGAAGCGAGAUUGAACGAGUGAUGGAAAUGGGAUUCGAUCGCCGUGUCGUGUCGUCGCCCAUGGGAGACGACGGUACAUUGCAAAUUAAGUAGCCCGGGGGGGGAGGAGCCCUCUACUAAAUAUAUUUAUAUUUAUAUAUGUAUGCAACCAUCACACACACACACGCGCACAUGCUCGCCUGCAUACCUGUGUCUCCUUUUCGUUCGCAUACUGUUUUGUUGAAGGUGAAUCGGUGCUGACUCAACUAAAAAGGAAUUCAAUUCAUGCCACAUGUGUGUGUGUAUGGGGGCAUCCAUGUGCGCUCCUACAUUCUACAGUGCGGUUACAUUUUAUAAUUGUAUUUUUCGAUAAAAAGUCCACCGUUGUCGUGUGUGGUGGCCACCUGGAAUAGGUAAAAUGAUAAUGUUGAAAAUAGCUAGAGAACAGCAAAAGAAGGAGGACUCACAUAGUCCCUCCCGGGGGGGCGGGUGCAUUUAUUUAAACGCCAGCCAUGUGUUUUUCCCGUUUCCCGUCAAACUCCAGAUGUCCAGAUCCAAAUCAGGUCAUACAUCUCCUUGGAAACGGUUUCAGUGCAAUCGUCGCUAGAUCGUCUGAGUGACAGAUGAUGAGCUUUGUUUUUCUUUGCGGCACACCGUUCUGUGACAGCUCUCCUCGUCGCUGUAUUGUGUGUGCGUGCACGCGCGCGCUCGCGCGCCUGUGUGCGUAUUAUAUUCAUACGUCCUACAUUGAUAUCUGUGGCCAAUAGAUGUUUUACAAUUGUUUUGGGACAGUUGUGCAAAACGGGUUGCAAAAGGCAAAAAAAGAAAGAAAGAGAAGACAAGCAUACAAAUUUAAAACUUGAUAGUGUGUGUGUGCUGGUGUGCGUGCAAGACAGGGCGGCGAAUGUAAGCGAUCCGUGGACAAGUUUUAAGAUAAUUCCUUCCUUCCCACGCCUUAAUAAUAAAUUAUUUGAAGAAAGUGCUCGGAUUCAACUACACACACACACACACAAACGGCAUGUAUUAAAGCGCACAAAUACAUACGAAGGCAUUUAUCGUUCUGUUACGGUGCGGGUGCUGCUGCUGCUGAUUGUGAUCCUUGGUUACACACUUAGCGAACUUACAAAUUCUCAAUUCCGUGUCGCCGGUCCGGAUUCGUAAUCCUCGCCACUCUCCUCUCCGCACGUUCGAAGGGCUGCACGAAUCUGCAACGAAUCGGCGGGAUAGAAGCGGUGGUGAAUAUACAUAAGGUGGGAACUUGGUAACGCGAAUCCUCCCUAGUAUGGAUCGCUUGUGCAAGAGUGUAAUGAGUUAGGAGGUCCGUACUCGAUAAGUUUAUUAAACACGCAACUAGGAGAUGGCAGUGGGUGGAAGAGGGUGGGAGAGUGAAGUACAUUACGCAUAUUUUGUUUAUCUUUUUUUUUUUGCUGUUCUGUCUCACGACGGGCUAUUAUUAUUAUUAUUAUUAGGACAGAGGAGAGAGUAUAAGCAAAGGGGGAAAGUGAAGCGAAAAUAGUAAAAGAAAGUAUGUGAAUAGAUGCAUAGUAAAAUGAAACACUAGAAACGAAGAGAUAACAAACAAACAAACAAACAAACAAAACCAGUAACACAGAUAAUCUAUCGAAGAAAAGUUUGAAAUCUGAUAGAAAUUAAAAGAAAAAAAAAACACAGAGGAUGAAGCAAGAAAAAAAACAAAGGAAGAGAUGUAGAAGAAACCCAACUAAACAAAAAAAAAACCAGCAAUAUUUAUGUAUAACUUUAUUUUAUUUUUCAUUACCCAUUGGAUGUUCAUAAUCAAGCAGUUCUCUCUGUCGGCGUGUUGUACUUUCCGUUCCGUUUUAUUCUGUCCACUUACUUUACACCAGUAAUACGGAACCGGAACCGGGAAUCGACACCAUGGGGAAGACACACACACACAGAACACAGGGAGAAACAGAAUGCUACCCCCCCCCCUCCCCCCUCAAUCUCUUUCCAUCUGUAUCGAAGAGGUCCAUGCUUCCACACGUUUAAGAUUAAAUUAAGUAUACCACGAUAUGCGGGCGAGUGUGGUGGUUUUUGGAGGUUGGAAUGAAGCAACCAUGUACUACAGAAGAACUUCCCACACACACACACACACACACAAACAACAUAAGUAAGGGCUCAUGGGGCAGAGACAGAGGAAGAAGAGCAGCGGCGCCAAUGGUAAUGCGUUUGCAAAAAGGGGUCCCAUUUCCUGCAUAGAAGAAGAAGAAGGGGGUGGUGGUGGGAGGGUAACCGAAACGAAGGGAAAAAUUGCGAUUGCGAUGAACGCAGAGAGACACGACGCAACAUGUAAACGAUGGAUCGAUUUGGAAUAAACGCAGAACAAUAUAUAUAUAUGGCCCAAGAA